UUGAAAUAGAAACAAUGAAAGGAUUUAUCUUACUAUCGCAGUUGUUAACGUUGUCAAACGUGACGAGAAACUAUUUAUAUCAUAACUUAAAACUUUGAGAGGAUUCACAUUGAUUUCAUUGUGGUAUAAAGAUUGAUUUUCAUAAUUUCAAAAUGGAAGUAUCAGGCCGUAAGGAAGGGGACGAUAAACAUUCAACAACUAACCAAGCGAGGAAGCUUACAGUUCUUUGCCAGCCUUGUAAGUGUGACGGUGAUACAAGAGAAGCGGAGGCGUUCUGUGAAACUUGUAACGAGUUCAUCUGUUCUCCAUGUCUAAAGGUUCACCGUAAAUUGGCUAUGACUAAAAAUCACGUGAUCAAGCCGAAGAAUGAAAUCCCAAUAUCAAGGGAAAAGCAAAAAGAUCCAUGUACGGAGUUGUGUUCAGCCCAUCAUACUGAAAUAAUAAAGUUCUAUUGUGAAUACCAUAAUUCUGUAGGAUGCGGAGAUUGUAUGGUCCUUAACCACAAAACGUGCUCUGUCAAACUCGUCAGUGAUGUAUCCGACAACUAUGAUACCUGCGAGGAACUCGUGCAAAUCAAGAAAAAGACGGAAACCUUCCUCCGUAGAAUUUCAUCUUACCAAGGUGAUAUUGUAAAUGAAAUAAAGACUGCUGAUGAAAUAAGAGAAACAAUUAUGAAUGAAAUACACAUUUUUCGACAAGAGAUUAACGAAUAUUUGGACAAUACUGAGGCAGAUCUGAUAAAACGAAUAGAUCAGCUGACAUCGAAACAAGUGUCACAGCUUGGGCAUAUGCAAAAAGAAUUUGAGUCUAUGGAAACUGAAAUGAGAGGAUAUCAAGACAAAAUAAGUAAAAAUUCAGACAAGAUAAAUCAAUUGUUUGUAAUAGCAAAAGUGUCUCAUGAAAAGAUUGAAGCCUACCAGAUUUCAACCGAGAAGAUAGGGCCUAAAUGUGAGAUCGAAAUAUUUGACUUUGUUAAGUCCCAAGAGUUAGAAAAAGUUGUAACAGAAAAACGUCCCAUUGGUGUAAUCAAUGAGAAAAAGCGGAAGUUACGUACACACAGCACAAAGAGCCUGAAAGAUGUUCAAACAACGCUGUUAAAGAGACUUCAUGUAAGGUCAGCAGACGACAGAGAGAAAUGCUACAUAUCAGGAAUGGCAUUAAUUUCAUGUGAUGAACUCUUACUUGUUGAUUUCAAUAAUGAGUGUCUUAAACUUUUAAACGUAGAAGAGAAUAAGAUAACCGGUAGAUUAAAAACAGAUGGUAAACCAUGGGACAUUACUGCAAUCAAUUCAAGAUUAUUCGCAGUAACUAUAACAAAAGGUGAAGUUCUUUUCAUAAAAACAUCAAAUGGAAUUUCUAAAAGUCACAGUUUUAAGGUCAGACAUAACUGUAGAGGAAUCGACUACCAUAACGGUGUUCUUGUUGUUUCGUACAGUAGUCCAGCCUGCGUUCAGCAACUUGACAUAAAAGGGAACAUUAUGAAAGAGUUUGAUAUCGCAGAACAUUGUUCAUGUCCUGAUUAUAUAGUUUAUUGUAACGACUGCAUUGUGUCUGAUACCUUUGGACAUGCUCUUGUUGAGUUUACUGUUGAUGGGAAAGUAAAGAAUAAAAUAACAAGCAAUAAUAUAAAAUAUCCAAGACAACUUGUUUUGACACAUGAUGGAGCAGUUAUUGUUUGUUGUCAAGGUAUCAGUGAUAGACUUAACAUGGUUACACCAAAUACAAGAGAGGUGCUUCCUAUUGCUGUGAAAGGUGUCAAGAAACCCUGUUGCUUGGCGAUAUCUGAUGAUCAGACGAAGAUGUUUAUUUAUGACAGGUCAAAUAAUGAUAUCAAAGUGUUUGAUAUCAAUUGAUAUUUAUAUCGUAGGCAGAACUUAGAUAAAGGUUUAUCAUGUAUUAUCAGAAACUCUCACGUUAUACAUGUAUAUCUGUAUUUUAUAUGAAUCUUAAAAUUCAAAGAUUCCAUUUUCAGUUUCAUAGACAUUUCAUCAAUAAAGAAUUUUGUAAUGACCAUUUUUACUAUACAUGUACAUUAUAUAUGCUUCAAACAUGUUAUCAAUGAUUUAUAUUUGUUCAAACAUUUUAUCAAUAAAUUAUAUUUAUUCAAAGAUAUUUGGAUUGUUUAUUUUUUAUGUUUUAGCGGUUUGCUUUGUUACCUGAAGGAAGUCGCACUAAAUGUGAAGUUAUUUGUCAUUAAAGUAGCAAACAAGUAGUAUUUUGACUUCAUCACUGCAUUUUUUACUAAUUUAAAAAACAAAACAAAAAAAAGAAGAAAUAUUUGUUCAUGUUAAAGGCCAAAUGAAUAACCUUUUGGAAUUUCUAGAAAUUCACCAAAAUAAAAAGUUUACGAGAAAUAAAAAUUAAAGCAUUUGUGGGCAUAA